CAUCCUUUGCAAUUCAGAGAUGGCACCUUGGAUUUCAGGCGCAGUGAUGGGCCUUGCGCCGCCACACUUGGUGGGAAUGACUUUGGCCCAGAGCCAUUUGCUGGUUCCCGUGUCAAAGGAGCUGUCCAUUGACCUGCUAGAGGCCGCUCUGCCAGAGCAAGAGCGCUUUGUUGAGGGCGCAUUGGAGUCGACGGGUGCAGCUGAAGGAGAUCCUUAUGGCGUGGUGCUGUGGCCAGCUGCUCAAGUGGUAGCUGCGGCUUUGCUGGCUUUGCUGCUGCGGGACGGCUCGCGGCGGCGCAUUGUGGAACUGGGAUGUGGUACUGGGCUUUGCUCUUUAGCAGCUUCAACAGUGCCAAAGACAGUGGUUUUGGCCACAGAUUACCGACAAGAGCCACUAGAGCUACUUCAGCAGGCUGCUGUUUUGAACAGAGAGCGUUUGCAAAGAACAGGCGCGAUAGAAACCUCAACUAUCUCAACGAAAUGCCUGGACUUCACUCAGCAAGCAGUGCCAGAAGCAGAUGUCAUUGUCGCCGCUGACUUGCUGUACCUUCGGUCAGCAUCAGAAGCAUUGGCCCGAGGUGACAAUUGCCACCUACAGAAGAACCAGUCAAGUUGGUUUCACUGACCAUUUGUCGGCCAUAGCGAGCCAUGGAAUUUAAAGUACGUUCGAGUCCGCAUUAGAGCCAUACGAGUUGCAAGGACUUGUGGCGCAGGUCCCACAACACCAAUACAUGCUGCCAGUAGCUGUCAGUUUGGCGUGGCCUAAUUAGUCCAAAAAGAACGCAGGAUGCAUUGCAGCACUCAGAACUGGUUCUCAUAUCUUGGUGGGUGAUUCUGAUCGUCCAGGUCGUCAAGCUUUCCUAUCCGUUCUACGCUCUGCCCUUCGCGAGGAUCGCGGAAACUUUGAGAGACUGCAAGGAUGGAGUUUGGCGUCACCGAGGCGCACGACGGGAUUUGGAGCUUGGGCCUGAAAGAUGUGGCGCACGACGUUGCUGUCGCAGCCACAGAUGAGCCAUCAUGAGCCAGAGCGCCAUAGAGUGCCAGGCAUGAACUGAUUGCAUCCACAUCCACUAGCACGACAAAGCCUCGUGCUCUACCAGUUGGAUUGAUGUACCUGCAGCCAGAUGAUUUGGCAUAAAA